GGCGGACCCCCCGGGAGGGACGGGACGGGCGCGCCCUGGUGGCGCGCUGCUCUGGCGCGGGGACCCGCCGCUCUUCCUCGGCUUCGGGCACUUCCUGGGCCGCUCGGACCGCUUGCUCUGCGGAGCGAGGGAGAGCGUCGUCUCGGCCUCCGGACCCCCGGUUCCUCUCCGCGCACCAAGGCCCCUCCGCGCAUUGAAACGCAAGCUCGUGUUUAUUCCGAGAAUAGCGGUUAUUCUGGGCCGCCCAGAAGGGUUAUUUAGUGGAGAGCGCUGAGAGCUUAUAAAAGUUCUCCACCGAGGGCUAAAAACGAGUCCAGCAGUUUUGUGUUAAAUUUAUUUUGGAAAUGAUACGAUGCCCAGUAUUUUUGACGGGGGGAGGAAAUUAAGGAUUUUGGAUAUUUUGGCUUUCAUUGGUGAGUUUGUGAGAUAAACAAAUUCAAGGAUGAGUGAGCUGGAACAGUUGAGGCAGGAGGCUGAGCAGCUGCGAAAUCAGAUCCAGGAUGCUAGGAAGGCAUGUAAUGAUGCAACACUCGUUCAGAUCACAGCGAAUAUGGAUUCCGUGGGUCGAAUACAGAUGCGAACAAGACGCACACUGAGGGGUCACCUAGCUAAAAUCUAUGCUAUGCACUGGGGAUAUGAUUCAAGGCUACUAGUCAGUGCUUCCCAAGAUGGAAAAUUAAUUAUUUGGGAUAGCUAUACAACAAAUAAGAUGCAUGCUAUUCCUUUGAGGUCCUCCUGGGUGAUGACCUGUGCUUAUGCUCCCUCUGGUAAUUACGUUGCUUGUGGAGGACUGGACAACAUCUGCUCUAUAUAUAACUUAAAAACCAGAGAAGGAAAUGUGAGAGUGAGCCGAGAGUUACCGGGUCACACAGGCUACUUGUCCUGCUGUCGUUUUUUAGAUGACAGCCAAAUUGUUACGAGUUCGGGAGAUACAACUUGUGCUUUAUGGGACAUUGAAACUGCCCAGCAGACCACUAUAUUCACUGGGCAUUCUGGAGACGUGAUGAGUCUUUCUCUGAGUCCCGACAUGAGGACUUUUGUUUCUGGUGCUUGUGAUGCCUCUUCCAAAUUAUGGGAUAUUCGCGAUGGAAUGUGUAGACAGUCUUUCACUGGACAUGUGUCAGAUAUUAAUGCCGUCAGUUUUUUCCCAAAUGGAUACGCCUUUGCCACUGGCUCUGAUGAUGCCACUUGCCGGCUCUUUGACCUUCGUGCAGACCAGGAGUUACUGCUGUAUUCUCAUGACAAUAUCAUCUGUGGGAUCACUUCCGUAGCCUUCUCAAAAAGCGGGCGUCUCCUGUUAGCUGGCUAUGACGACUUCAACUGUAAUGUGUGGGACACGCUCAAAGGAGAUCGUGCAGGUGUUCUUGCAGGUCAUGACAACCGUGUCAGCUGUUUAGGUGUAACUGAUGAUGGCAUGGCUGUGGCAACAGGGUCUUGGGACAGUUUUCUUAGAAUCUGGAAUUAACAGUGCAUACAGAUUUUCUGUUCUCCACCGAUAUCUGGAGAAAUCCGUACUACAGCCUAUAGCUGUGAAAAAAGAAUUUACCUUAUAUUUGCAGGUGAAGAUUUUUCUAUUGAGAUUAUUAUAUACAAAAAAAGAAGCUUUCAGUAAACUACAAAACAAAAAAAAGGUGAAAAAAACAAGGUAAAGGUGCUUGCUAAGAUCAGAAGGACCAGUGCAUUAGAGAAGUUGAGCUAACUUAACCUUGAAUUUUUGCUUGUACUCAGUCUAUUUGUGUAGAACAGAAUGUAUACACUAUAGCAGCCUGUCAUGUUUGAUUAUAUGUAUGUGUUGCAUUUUUAAAGAACUAUAUUUUUAACUUUGUAUACAUAAGAAGUGUCACAUUUUUGAGUUUUGUAAUGGAGGAACGAGGCACAGGAAUAGAUGAAGUGAUACCAUAGGUGUGUGUACUGAUGUUGGUAGAAAGUCUCUUUGAACUCCAUUCUUUCUUUCUAAUCUGAAAGAAAUCCUGGUCACUACUGGUUAAGAAUGCUGAUAGGCCUAGGUACCGCGGAGGGGAGUCCUUCUGAUUAUCAUUAGUUUCUAGUACAUCGUUUGCCAUCUUAUCAAUUUAACUAAGUGCUCAUAUUCGGUCCUUUGAGGGGGACAUAAUCAUAAGGAAGGCCAGGGAAUAGAGCUCUCACUCUGAAAUUUUAGACAUACAUAAGAAACUUGUAUUAUGUUAAUAGGUAGAUAGCAGUAAUCACAUAUAAAUGUAGGCAUUUUAAAAAGCUGGUUAGGAUCAAAUGACACUUUAGGUAGCAUUCUAAAUAGUUGGGCUUUCCUAUUGAUUUCGUAUUCUAGAACUGAGUUGUAGAGUGCCCUCACUGUUUCAGAAGAUUGAUAAACAUUUGGAUUGUCCUUGCAUCUGAAGAAUUUCCCCGCAAUGUUCUCCAUCAGUAUGCAUCUAGACAGGAAAUACAAUGUAACAGCAUUACAUUUUUGAAAGAAGUGUAAAAGCUAACCAAUCACUAGACAUGACGAGUUAUAAUUGUAACAAGGUUGCUUUAUGAAUUUAUGUUCACAUAAUAUAAAAUCUGAAUUGAUGGAAACUAUCUGUGCCUUCAAAAAUUUAAAAAGGAAACAUUCAAGCUUUUUGAUCUUAAUAUUUCUUUCCUUUGCACAAAAUAUUGGUUUCUAAGUGGUUUUGCUUCAAAGAAAAUCUAAAGUGAGCCCCACUUUAAAGCAAAAAGAAAAUUCUAAGAGCAGUUCUUCAAGGAGCCAGAGGAAAAUACUAAGCAGUUCCUCUGCUUGUCAAUGAUACAAUAAUGUGGCUAUUACUAGAGCGUGCCCCCCUGAGCUUAAACAAAGGUACAUUCCCCUUUGGAUUUUCUCUACAAAUAACCCAAAUGAUUGACAAUAGAAGACUGUCUUGCCUGAUGGUGAAGUCUUGGGGUUUUUCCAAUAAAGAAGUGUAUUGUGUUUUGUAACUUAGUAAACUGUCAGUUACUGUUGACAUAGGUCUGUUAACUUUUGAUCACUUGUAACCUUAACCUAAAUACUCCCAAAUUUUACUUGUAAAUUUUCAUUUUUAUAUUGUGAAUGUGCUAAUAAGUGCACCAACCUUAUUAAGUAUAAUUAAGUCAGUAACAGUUUUGUGUAGAUCAGUUGAUACUAAAAAGAGAAUAAAAUGGAAAGAGGAUGAUUAAGAUACAGGACCAAAAAAUCCAGACUAUUGUAGAUAGCAGGCAUGAAUGUAUAUUUAUAUAUAAGACUUCUAUGAACUUUUGCUGUUAAUGACUAUGGACUAUUUACAUCACUUCAUAAAGAGCAGCUCUUUGAGAUAAGGUAAGGAUAUUUUAAAGGAACAUAUUCAUUUCCAAAAAUAGGGAUGGUUGCCAUGUGGUUCAGCAAUUUAUUCCAAAAUCCUGUUCAAGAAAGCACUUCUGCCAUGUGCAAAAUAGCCUUAUAAAGAGUAUCUCCUCUACUUUGUUGGUGGUUCUAGUAAUAAGACACUUUAGCCAGAGAGGCACACAGACAAGUAUUCUAGUCUUAAACAUGUUAAUAAAAAUGAUUUGAUGUUAUUAAAUUUUUUAUAGUUAAAAGGCAUUUCCCAUAAUUAAAUAUGUACUAGGCAACUGAAAACUGACCACUGUUAUAGCUAAUUAUACAUGAAUGACUGAAUGGUGACCUUAUUACCACAUUAAUUUAGUAGUUAAACCUUUUGUUUUCUAGAGGUAUGCGUUCCAGUUGCUAGAUAUAUUUGUUUACUUGUGGUUUUGAGUUCAGCAGAUUGACCAUUUCUUUUGUGCAUAAGACUUCCUGAAAUCAGUAAGAGUGUAUAAUUAAUUUAUAGAAGUACAGUAUAGUUUGAAUCUUAGUUUUUCAAAAUCUUAAUAUGCCCAUACAUUGUAAGAAAGUUGCAUCAAUAUUGUAGUUCCGGUGCCUAAUAAUUUUUCUUUUUACCUUGUAAGAAAGAUUUAAACAUAAUGUGCCUCAGUAGGUUUACUUAUAGAUUCUUUAUUCACUUCAUAAAGAACAGUUUUUAAGAUGUUGCAAGAAUAUCUUAAAGGCACAUAUUCUUUUCUAAAACAAAGUGGAGGGAUUGCCACGUGAUUCAGCACAUCAUCCCAUAAACCUGCCCAAGAAAGCACUUUGUGCUGUCAGCAAGGACAUUGCUUUCACUCUGAUGGAAAGGCCUCAUUUUUGGCAGCUAUGCUAUUAGAGAUUUAGACUGCAUACUCCAAGGUCCUCCCUAGCUCAGAUUUUUACAGUUGUGAGUCCAUGGUUACAACAGCAUGUUGAGUUCCAUCUUCAGAGAGGCAAAGAUUUGGCUUAAUAUUUCAAGAGAUACUUAAAGAGAUACUUCUCAAUUCUCCAAUAGAGCCUAGUAGGCAAUCUCCUUAUUUUAAUUUAGAGUCAGCUGAACUGAUUAAUAUUGCAUGAGGAUAGUGAAUUAGUCUCCUAGACAUAACAGAUGUAGAUGCUUCUCGAAUACGUUAAGUAAUUUUAAAGUUAACCUACUGAAAGAGAAAUGGAGCUUCUCCAGGUGACAAAAUGAAAUUUUUAUUAUUAUUAAAAAAAAUACCGUGUCAAUAUUACAUGGCUAAUCUCCAACACUUUUGAUGUCUUAGAUUUAGUAACAAAUUAAGACUUUAACUGUUUUAAAAAUGAAGAUGUUCAGGGAAAUUUAUGCUUGAUUAUUGGUGAAUGUCUCAGUUUAAAUUAUAACACAGUUGAACACUUGUGACCUACCUGUUGAUGUGUUUAAAGUUAAUGGAAACCGAUUAAACAAUCUCCCAAAUGGGCCUAUCAUUUUAAUAAUAAUGUUCUAAAACCUUUAGGGUAUGAUUCAGGCUUAAAAACAUUUUAAAGUUAAGUGCUAUGUUCAGUUUCUAAUAUCCCUUUUGCCAUUGUGAAAAGUGAAAUUUUAAAUGGUUUCUUACCUCCUGUUAGAAUUUUUAAAACACUCACCAGUCAGACUAUCUUUCUUGUGAGAAAGGGUAGCACAAUGAAUAAAACUGGUAUUUUAAAUUAGAUUAAGUAGAAUGUGAAGUACAUUUCAUAAUUAAUAGUUUUUCUCCCAUCAUUUUCAGUUUUCUUAAAUUCAGUGCAGUAUUUAAAAAUGUUGGUUACAAUAGGUACUCAUUAAAAUGGUUUGUGAUUGAAUGUCUAAGUUAGCAUAGUUUAAAAAAAUAAUUUAUUAAUCAGGUUGAUGGUACACCUUGUAUUUAGCAAAUUUGUUUGCAUGUUGAUAAAAUUUCCUGUCUUUUUUCUUAAAUCCAAUUAUUGAGCCUAUAAAAUAGUUGAUUAAUGCAGCAUAUGAAAAACUGGUUAUGUGUUUCAACUGGUGUUAUAUGUGCCUGACAAAAUCUUACAUCAUCAGUAUUUAUUUUUUAAUAGAACUUCAGUGAUAUACUUGGUAAAUACUUCAAGCCUUUUCUGUCUCUUACACAAUGGUGCUCUAUCCUAUUGUUUUCUCUUUUCAAAGAAGCAUCUGAACACUUGCAUUUGCGUAUUCUUAUCCAAAGGCAUUGACAUCUAAGUGGGUUUUUAAAGUUGAUCAAAAUGUUUUUCUUCACCUAGAAUGGUUUCUACACUUGUGGCCAACUGAAUCUGAAUGUCAGUAGUUUGUAGUUAGACUAUGGGAAGGUGAAUGUACUAGAUUAAAGCUCUUAUAAAAAGCUUUACACCAAACUAUGGACUUGUAUCAUGAUUUAGCAGUAUUCUUGGAUCUUUCCUGCACAGUGAUUCAUUCCUUUAUUUGUGCAGUAGCUCUGUGAAAUAAUGUUGCUGUGAAUUGAUAUUGUAAUCAAUAAAGUGCUUUUAACCAGA